AUGUCCACCUUUGGAAAACUGUACCGCGUCACGACGUACGGCGAGAGUCACUGCAAGUCUGUCGGCUGCAUCGUCGACGGAUGCCCGCCAGGUCUCACCCUCACCAAUGAGGACAUCCAGGUCCAGCUUAGCCGGAGGCGGCCGGGCCAGAGCGACAUCACGACGCCGCGCUCCGAGUUCGACACCGUCCAGGUGCAGAGCGGCACCGAGCACGGCGUUACCCUCGGCACGCCGAUCGGCAUGCUGGUGCAGAACAAGGACCAGCGCCCGCACGACUACACCGAGACCGACCUCUACCCCCGCCCCUCGCACGCCGACUACACCUACCUGGCCAAGUACGGUGUAAAGGCGUCGUCUGGUGGCGGCCGCGCUUCUGCGCGUGAGACGAUCGGUCGUGUCGCUGCUGGCGCCAUUGCCGAAAAGUACCUCAAGGAGGCGUACGGUGUGGAGAUUGUCGCGUUCGUCGGCUCCGUUGGCCCCGUCGCCCUCCCGUUUUCGCAAGAGGACGACGAAGUGCUCGGCAAGGAGUACCUCGACCUGGUCAAGAACGUGACGCGCGAGGAGGUUGACAAGGAGAUUACGCGCUGCCCUGAACGCGUGACCUCGGCCAAGAUGGAGGAGGCAAUCCGCGCGGCCAAGGCGCGUAACGACUCGCUCGGCGGGACGGUCACCUGCGUGAUCCGCAACUGCCCUCUCGGCCUCGGCGAGCCGUGCUUUGACAAGCUCGAGGCUGUGCUCGCUCACGCCAUGCUCUCGAUCCCGUCGACCAAGGGCUUUGAGUUUGGCUCGGGCUUCCGCGGCACCACUUUCCCCGGCUCGCAGCACAACGACCCCUUCACCUCGGACCACGGCAAGGGCGAGAACCGCCUGCGCACUACCACCAACUGGUCCGGUGGUGUGCAGGGCGGCAUCUCGAACGGCGAGGACAUCUACUUCCGCGUCGCAUUCAAGCCGCCCGCCACCAUCAGCCAGGAGCAGAGCACGGCACAGUACGACGGCAGGGACGGAGUGCUCGCCACGCGCGGCCGCCACGACCCCUGUGUCGUGCCUCGCGCCGUGCCCAUUGUCGAGACCAUGGCCGCUAUUGUCGUCAUGGACCUUGUCCUGCAGCAGAACGCGCGCGCCCACGCCGCGUCGCUCCUCGCGCCCGUUACUAGCUUGCCGCCGACCAUGGUGUUUCCCGGCCAGCGCAAGUAA